AUGAUGAGAACAGAGAGGUUGAAAAAAGGCACCGAGGUUUCCGAGAAAGGAAUUAUUGAAACAUUUCAUACUGAGGAGGAAGCACUUGAUGCCGCAGACAAUGAGGGUUUUUCCAAUAUCAUUGACACUUAUGGUGGAUGGGGUGCACAUGGUGGUGGUGCUUUAUCUAGAAAGGACCCAUCUAAGGUUGAUAGGAGUGGAGCUUACAUUGUGAGGCAGGCUGCUAAGAGCAUUGUUGCAAGUGGACUUGCAAGGAGAGCCAUUCUGCAAGUCACAUAUGCUAUUGGCGUGCCUGAAUCUUUGUUUAUCUUUGUUGACACAUAUGGAACAGGGAAGAUACCUGUUGGAACAUGUCCAUGUUCCAAUAUGAUGAAUUUAAAAAUUUCUCAAGUCCCACAAUGUUAG